AUGGGGAGCGGGGAGCCUAAGCCUGCUGGCAAGAAAAAGAAGUAUCUCAAGGCCGCCCUGUACGUGGGUGACUUGGACCCAGAUGUCACUGAGGACAUGCUCUAUAAGAAAUUCAGGCCUGCCGGUCCUCUGCGAUUCACCAGAAUCUGCCGUGACCCGGUGACCCACAGCCCUCUGGGCUAUGGCUAUGUUAACUUUCGUUUCCCUGCAGAUGCUGAAUGGGCCCUGAACACCAUGAAUUUUGAUUUGCUUAAUGGCAAACCAUUCCGCCUCAUGUGGUCUCAGCCAGAUGACCGCUUAAGAAAGUCUGGAGUUGGAAAUAUAUUCAUCAAAAACCUGGACAAAUCCAUAGACAACAGGGCCCUGUUUUACUUAUUUUCUGCUUUUGGAAACAUUCUUUCUUGCAAAGUAGUAUGCGAUGACAAUGGUUCUAAGGGUUAUGCCUACGUGCACUUCGACAGCCUGGCCGCUGCCAAUAGGGCCAUCUGGCACAUGAAUGGAGUGCGGCUCAACAACCGCCAGGUAUAUGUUGGCCGAUUCAAAUUCCCGGAAGAGCGGGCAGCAGAGGUCAGAACUAGAGAUCGAGCAACUUUCACUAAUGUUUUUGUUAAAAACUUGGGAGAUGACAUGGAUGACGAAAAACUAAAGGAACUUUUCAGUGAAUAUGGGCCAACUGAGAGUGUUAAGGUAAUCAGAGAUGCCAGUGGGAAAUCGAAGGGCUUUGGAUUUGUGAGAUAUGAGACACAUGAGGCUGCCCAAAAGGCUGUGCUAGACCUGCAUGGAAAGUCCAUCGAUGGCAAGAUUCUAUAUGUAGGGCGAGCACAGAAGAAAAUCGAACGCUUGGCUGAGUUGAGGCGGAGAUUUGAACGGCUGAGAUUAAAAGACAAAAGUCGGCCUCCAGGGGUGCCUAUCUAUAUUAAGAACCUGGAUGAGACCAUAGAUGAUGAAAAACUUAAGGAGGAAUUUUCUCCAUUUGGAUCAAUUAGCCGAGCCAAAGUGAUGAUGGAAGUGGGGCAAGGCAAAGGGUUUGGUGUUGUCUGUUUUUCCUCUUUUGAAGAGGCUGCCAAAGCAGUGGAUGAGAUGAAUGGUCGCACAGUAGGUUCCAAGCCCCUGCAUGUCACCCUGGGCCAGGCCCGGCGCAGGUGGUGAGAAUAAGAAUAAUCAAUUUGUUUCAGCCUUAGCUGGUGCCUACUUAGUUUGGGCUUCUUUGUAAUAACAGGUUAUUUUUUGCAAAUUCACAGUUUUGUUUUUUUUUUUUUUAAUGAAUACGUCCUUUUGGGGAGAAAUGCAGAAAACUUUGUUCAUUUUAGUAAAGAGCAUAAUUUCUAAUUGUAAAAUUGUCAUUUUAUACUAUUUUUUGAUAUAAUAUCCUUAGGAAUUUAUAGAAUAAAGUUUAUUGCUCAGAGUUUUUUUCUUCUGAACAGUCAAGA